CUUCCCUCGUUUCCUUCCCAUUUGCAGCAGCAUCACUCUCUUUGGUUAUCCAAUAUGGAGUCUCCUAGCAUUUCCAAGUUCACAAUUCCUCUCUCUUGCUUCUUUACGCUUUUACUGAUUAUUGCCACACUGAACCCUGUAUUUGCUUCGAAAGUUUGCAACUUUCCAGCAAUCUUUAACUUUGGCGACUCAAAUUCCGAUACUGGAGGAUUGUCUGCUACCCUCAGAAGAGCCACACCGCCUAACGGGGAGACCUAUUUUCACAGGCCUGCCGGAAGGUUCUCCGAUGGCCGGCUCAUAAUUGAUUUCAUUGCAAUGGGUGUUGGUCUUCCAUAUCUGAGUGCAUACCUUGAUUCCUUGGGAACUAACUUCACACACGGUGCAAACUUUGCCACGGCUGGAUCCACAAUCAGACUACCAUCCAGAAUUAUACCUGCAGCAGGUGGAUUUAGUCCCUUCUACCUCAAUAUCCAAUACUCACAAUUUGAGCAGUUCAAAGAAAGAUCACAGUUUAUAAGACGACAAGGAGGAAUAUAUGCACAUUUGAUGCCCAAGAAGGAUUAUUUUCCUAAAGCUUUAUACACAUUUGAUAUCGGUCAUAAUGAUCUUGGUGAGGGAUUCUUUGGUAACAUGACUGUAGAGCAAGUCAAUGCUUCUAUCCCCGAUAUUCUUGACAAAUUCUCUCUUAAUGUUAAGAAUAUAUAUAACUUGGGAGCUAGAUCAUUUUGGAUCCACAAUACUGGACCAAUUGGUUGCCUUCCCUAUAUUUUGGUCAAUUUUCCAUCAGCUCAAAGGGACAGCCAUGGAUGUGCAAAGCCUUAUAAUGAUGUAGCUCAGUCUUUCAAUCACAAGUUGAAGAAGGCCAUUGUUCAACUCAGGAUCGAACUUCCUACAGCUGCAAUCACAUAUGUAGAUGUCUACUCUGUCAAGUACUCUCUUUAUAGUGAACCACAUAAAUAUGGAUUUGAGCUUCCACUUGUUGCCUGUUGUGGGUAUGGAGGAAAGUACAACUACAGCAGUAGUGUUGAGUGUGGAGGAACAGUGACUGUGAAUGGAAGCAAAAUAUUUGUUGGUUCAUGUGAGCGCCCCUCGGUCAGAGUAAACUGGGAUGGAAUUCACUAUACUGAGGCUGCCAACAAGUUUGUCUUUUCUCAGAUUUCCACUGGAGCAUUUUCAGAUCCACCUGUACCCUUGAAAAUGGCAUGUCACCAAGUUUAAAUUUAUAUAUAUAUA